AUGUCACUGAAGUUCCUUAAGAGAAGGUACGAGGAAUCGGAGAAGCGGCGAUCGACCGCAGAAAAAGAGGCGGAGGCGGAGCUGGACGAAGCGUGUUCGCGCGCCGCGGAGGAGUACGAGCGGAGGAGGCAGCGGCUCUACGGGGCGACGGUGGUGGACGGGGAGACGCUGCUGGAUGGCCACAGGAUGCAAAUGGACGCCGCUCUCGCGUCUUUCAGGAGGAACGCGGGAGGACAUCCCGAGUGGCAGGUCGGAAAGUACGAGAAGGUCCUGACGGAGAUGCUCGACGCCCGGCACGACGAUCUCGAGAAGAGGAUGGCCGAGGAACGGAAGAGAAGAAGGCUGACGUCUCUCGUCACUUUCUCUGCCGCGGUCCUCUCCGGCACGGCAACCGCCAACGCGACGACGAAAACCGCUUUGGGAACCGGACUCGUCGUCGGAAGUUUCAUCGCCGGUUGGUGGUUGUCACCUGGCAUCGUGGAAUCCAGGUUGGGAGGAAACGUCGUCGUCCCCGAGGCUCCACACCAGACCGCACAGAGGAAACGACGACGAUACCAAUGACGACGGGGAUUCUCAGAUCGCCUGCCUCAUUGGUCCCGCUUCUGUUGACCUGUUUCAAUUGGUCCCU